CACGUGGGCACCAGGGGCGUUUGCAGGCGCGCAGGCUGUCGGCGCACACGACCAGGAAGAAGGGUCAGCCGCCCCGGGGGCGCACCGGCCGGGGCCUUCAGUCCUUUAAGCCUCACACCAGCCAGGACUUUGUUGAAUCCCCUCUAUCAUCUCCUGGUCUCACUUGGUUUUCACGUGCUUUCGGCGUCUCUCACAAUGUCUGGUGGAGAACAGGAACAAAGGAACUACUAUUUGGGUGUGGACGUUGGAACAGGCAGUGUCCGUGCAGCUCUGGUAGACCAGUGUGGCGUUCUCUUGGCUUUUGCAGACCAGCCAAUUAUGAAGUGGGAGCCUCAAUUCAACCACCAUGAGCAGUCCUCCGAGGACAUCUGGGCUGCAUGCUGCAUCGUCACAAAGAAAGUUGUACGAGGGAUUGAUUUAAACCGGAUUCGAGGACUUGGAUUUGAUGCUACGUGUUCUCUGGUUGUUUUGGAUAAGCAGUUUCGUCCUUUACCAGUAAACCACGAAGGGGAUCCCCAUCGAAACAUCAUCAUGUGGCUGGACCAUCGAGCAGUCAGCCAGGUCCAGAGGAUCAACGAGACCAAGCACAGGGUCCUCCAGUAUGUCGGGGGAGUGAUGUCUGUGGAAAUGCAGGCCCCAAAGCUUCUGUGGCUAAAAGAGAACUUGAGAGAGACUUGCUGGGAUAAGGCGGGACAUUUCUUUGAUCUCCCAGACUUCUUAUCAUGGAAGGCAACAGGUGUCACAGCACGGUCUCUCUGCUCCCUGGUGUGCAAAUGGACAUACUCAGCAGAGAAAGGCUGGGAUGACAGUUUCUGGAAGAUGAUUGGUUUGGAGGACUUUGUAGCAGACAAUUACAGCAAAAUAGGAAACCAAGUGCUGCCUCCUGGAGCUUCUCUGGGAAAUGGACUCACACAGGAGGCAGCAAAAGACCUUGGCCUUCCCGCUGGGAUUGCAGUGGCAGCCUCUCUCAUUGACGCCCACGCAGGAGGACUAGGAGUGAUUGGAGCAGAUGUGAAGGGUCAUGGCCUCGCCUGUGAGGGACAGCCAGUGACGUCACGGCUGGCCAUCAUCUGUGGAACGUCUUCUUGUCACAUGGGGAUCAGCAAGGACCCAAUUUUUGUACCUGGUGUCUGGGGGCCUUAUUUCUCAGCCAUGGUGCCUGGAUUCUGGCUGAACGAAGGUGGUCAGAGCGUUACUGGGAGAUUGAUAGACCACAUGGUGCAAGGUCACGCUGCUUUCCCAGAACUACAAGCCAAGGCCACAGCUAGUUGCCAGAGUGUAUAUGCAUAUUUGAACAGUCACCUGGAUCUGAUUAAGAAGGCUCAGUCUGUGGGUUUCCUCACUGUUGAUUUACAUGUUUGGCCAGAUUUCCAUGGCAACCGGUCUCCUUUAGCAGAUCUGACACUAAAGGGCAUGGUCACUGGAUUGAAGCUGUCCCAGGACCUCGAUGAUCUUGCCAUUCUCUACCUGGCCACAGUUCAAGCCAUUGCUUUUGGGACUCGCUUCAUUAUAGAGGCCAUGGAGGCAGCAGGCCACUCCAUCACUACUCUUUUCCUGUGCGGAGGCCUGAGCAAGAAUCCUCUUUUUGUGCAAAUGCAUGCAGACAUCACUGGCAUGCCUGUGGUCCUGUCACAAGAGGUGGAGUCUGUUCUUGUGGGUGCUGCUAUUCUGGGUGCGUGUGCCUCGGGGGAUUUCACUUCUGUACAGGCAGAGUGGACAGUGAGAGAGAGAGACAGAGAGAAAGGUCUUCCUUUGCCGUUGGUUCACCCUCCAAUGGCCGCCGCGGCCGGCGCGCUGCGACCGGCACACCGCGCUGAUCCGAAGGCAGCAGCCAGCAAUUUGCUUCCUGUCCUGACUGUGGUAACAGGCGCUUCCCCAAGAAACUGCAGCAGAGAAAUGAUGACUGCAUGUGACCCUUCAGCUCUGUCUCCUGGAAGCGAUGGCAAGAAUGAGCAAAGUUGGGAAAGUCGUGUUCCCGAGACGUGAGGAUAAAAAGUAUUAUGACAAGAAAUAUAAAGUAUUCCUGAAGCUGGUUGAACACCAGAAGGAGUAUGCGGCAGUCAUGCAUGGGGACUGAACAGGGCUUGCAGCUGUGUCCCUUCAUGGAGGACCUCCAUCAGUUCAUCUUGUUUUCAAGACCCUCUCAAUAUCAGAUCAUUAUUUCUGUAUUGUCUGCAAAUAAAGAAAACUGAGACACGUGCAA